CGAUGCAGGACAACAGUCAGCUAAACGAAGACAACCGAAGCGCAUCACUUGACAGCUAGAGAAUGGCUCUGAUAAUGCAAAGCAACAGUCCGCAAAGCUAUCGUCACAAGAAGUUCGACCUAAGGCGUCCGCGCUGCGACGAGCUGGAGCUGCAGAUCAAGGAGGAGCUGCUCGCACGCCUAGCCACACCUGGCAGCAGCUGUGCCCAUGGCUACAACAGUGGGCUGGAUGGUGAGGACAGCAGGAGCAGCCAGUGCUCCAGCGAGUACAGCGAUGUGUUUCUGUCGCUGCCCAAGCGACGACGUCUCAAUAGCACCAUAUGUGAUGGAUCUAAUGGCUCGGAGUCCGCAUCUUCCUCGCAAUCCCUACCGCCAGCCAUCAGUCCGGAGGCGCUGAGAGACAUUUGUAAAUACCAUGGAAAUAUGGUGCGAAAAUUUCCCAAGAAAGAACGUACGCCCAAGGAUCAGGAUAGACGCAAUAAGAACACAAUUGCCUGCCGUAUGAGCCGACGUGUUAAGAAGCUCGAACACCUGGCCAUCGAGGAACAGUACAAGGAGUUCACCGCACAGCAUCUCAAGAUUGUUGAGCAGAGCAUGCGAGCCACCGCCUAUUUCAAUCAUCUCAAUCAGCUCGUCAAGCACGAUCACCCCAAGAGUGCACCCCUGGCGCCGGCUCCAGUGCCGGCCAAGAACUUCAGUAUUGACUAUUUAAUCAACGGCAUUAAGAGCGAACAGUGUUAGUAAAUACUCGUUUAAUCACAGUGUGGUUAAAAAUUCAAUUAGCAUUAAGGCCUAAACUUUAGCUUUAUUAGUUAUUAAUUUAUUGAUAAGCCUAAUGUUAUAUUGGAUAUAUAUAUAUAUAUAAUUAAUUAUAUUCUCUAAGAACUAAGCAGCAAAUGUUUUACAUUAUGCUCGAAUUAAUAAACCUGAUAUUUUAAGUAUCUCAUUAUA